AUGGAAGGAACAUCAACGCUGGAAACUUGCAAGGUGAGUGUCAAAAUUCCAUCUUUUUGGCCAGAAAAGCCUGAAAUUUUGUUUCUUCAAAUAGAAGCUCAAUUCGACACUAAUGCCAUAACUGUUGAUAGUACCAAAUUUAAUUACGUAGUUUCUCAACUAGAGCCAAAAUAUGUUGAAAUUAUUUGGGAUAUAAUUACGGAUAAAACAUCUGGUAAUAAAUAUGCUUUAGUUAAAGAAAGACUGUUAAACACAUUCAAAGAGAGCGAAAAUAAGCGAAUUAAACGCUUAGUCGCUGGCCUUGACCUUGGGGAUGUGAAACCCAGUCAGUUACUUCAAAAAAUGAGAUCGCUCGCUACUGAUGGCGUUUCAGAUAAAGUACUCAAAACAUUGUAG